UCCAGCAUUGAAAGGCUCAUUCCCCAACUGGCCUGAGUGAACUUGAGUCCUGUGGAGACUGAGUGGACUGGGCUCACUGAGUGUUUGAUUUGGGCAAAAGGACGAGCUGACAAAACAACUACAACAACCCACUGGCAACAUGGCUGUGGCGGGCUGCACGAAAUGCAUUAAAUAUAUGUUAUUCUUCUUUAAUUUUGUUUUCUGGCUGGCCGGAGGAGUGAUCUUAGGAGUGGCCCUGUGGCUCCGCCAUGACAGUCAAACCAGCAACCUCCUCAUACUUCAGUUUGAAGGCCAGCAGGCACCGGGCACUUUCUACAUCAGUGUGUACAUACUGAUCGCUGUAGGAGCCGUGAUGAUGCUCGUCGGCUUCCUCGGAUGUUACGGUGCCAUUCAGGAAUCUCAGUGUCUGCUGGGGACAUUCUUCUUCUUUUUGGUGAUCCUCUUUGCCUGUGAAGUGGCUGCAGCAAUCUGGGGAUUCAUGAAUAGAGACACAAUCUCCAAAGAACUGAUCAACUUCUAUGACUCUGCAUACAUCAAGGCUGUGGAUGUCUCUGGGUCACCCAGUAAAGACGCUGCCAUUAAGGUCCUGGAUGUUUUCCACAAUACGCUCGACUGCUGUGGUAAAGGCGAUGACACGGCGCUCUUCAGACAAGUUGUCGGCACCUUGUGUCCAAGAAAGUCUCAAGGAGAUUUUCUGAAAUCUCAGAGCUGUCACGAUAAACUGAUCGAGCUGUUCUCCGAGAAGCUCCACCUGAUUGGUCUGGCUGCCUUGGUGGUCGCUGUCAUCAUGAUCUUUGAGAUGAUCUUCACCAUGGUGCUGUGCUGUGGGAUCCGGAACAGCCCUGGAGCAUACUAGGAGUCAGGCUAACAGCCAACUAAUGCAUCAUCCAACCUUUUCCUUUUCAUUAUAACACAAGAUGGAAAUCUCUCCUUUUUAUUUUAGAAUAGAAACAUUAAAAUUAUUUUGAUAACGCUCAUCUCAGUUUUCAUACACAGUAAUUUAGCUUCCGUCUGUCAGAUGCUGUCUUAUUUAUCAUACAACACGACAUAUGAAUAUUUUAUAUUUACAGUAUGUAUGUGAAAAGUUUCUCUUAAGUCAUUAAAUUUAAUGCUGUUGGGUGUAUAAAUUGUAUAUAUAUAUACUUGUCAUGUGUUAAUAUCACUAUGGAUGGUCCAUGUAUUCCCUGAUUGUUUGUGAUGCAUCUCGCUGCAGUGUUAGUGUUACGAUAUAAUUUAAGCAGCAGGGUUUUAUGGUCUAAGCUUCUGUCUUACUCUCUUCUGUAUGUUCUAUAGUCAACUUUAUGUUUCUUCAAUCUGCCGAAUGAACCGUCCUGUGCUGUUGUAUUGUCGUUCACACGUGAAACACCAUCCCUAGAAUCAUGAAACAAUUUUUAAAAGUGUACGUUUUAUUACUUACCCUGUUUUACCUCUCUUGUACUAUUGAUUACCAACAUUUAAUUUCACUUGUGAUCCAUAAAGAUCAUGUCUGCAACUUUGUGUGAUUCAAAGAGGAAAUUUGAAUUUUUAGAGGCCUGAAGAGAUAAAUCUUUGGUAUUUUUGCAAAAGAGAUGCAAAUAACAUAAAUAUGUCUGGAAAAUGA